AUGACUCGCUUCCGGCCAUGCAUAGACCUCCACGCAGGGCAGGUUAAGCAGAUUGUGGGCGGGACGCUCGACAGCAGCAACGCCACCAAGCUGCAGACCAACUUCGUGUCAGAGCAACCAGCGGCGCACUAUGCGCAAUUAUACCGGGACAACGGCCUCGACGGGGCGCACGUUAUCAUGCUCGGGCCCGGCAACGAGGAAGCGGCGAAGCAGGCGAUUGGGGCUUGGCCCAACGGACUACAGGUCGGCGGCGGCAUCAGCGACAAGAACGCCAGUGACUGGAUCGCGGCCGGCGCGGAAAAGGUCAUUGUGACGUCGUUCUUGUUCCCCGGUGGACAGUUUAGCCAUCUCCGACUGGACUCUAUCCUCAAGAUGCUCGGCGGCGACAAGGAAAAGCUUGUGAUUGACCUGAGCUGUCGGCGGCGCGGGGAGGGCAAGUGGUUCGUCGCCAUGAAUAAAUGGCAGACGAUUACGGACAUGGAAGUCAACGAAGAGUCCAUCAAGCAGCUGGAGCCGUACUGCUGCGAGUUCUUGAUCCACGCGGCAGACAAUGAGGGGCUACAGCAAGGGAUAGACGAGGAGCUGGUAACGCGGCUGGCUGAGUGGUGCUCCAUCCCAGUGACGUACGCGGGCGGCGGACGAAAUCUGGAGGACCUGGAGCGAGUAAAAAAGCUCAGCGGCGGCAAGGUUGAUCUGACGAUAGGUAGCGCGUUGGAUUGUUUCGGGGGCACAGGAGUCAAUUUUGACGACUGCGUGGAGUGGAAUAAACAGCAGCCAUAG